AAGGGCUUCGGUCACGAGGUCCGUCAGGCGGAAGAGACUAUCGGCAAAGCAAAACAAGAAGAGUUGUGGCUGUUAUUAGUGUCUUAUUUGACAGUGAACUAAGAAACAGAUUCUCAGCAAACGUCAGCUGAGCGACAGUUGAAGCAAAAUGUCCUCGGAGGAGUUUGAGAAGUUGCACGAAAUCUACAGCUCCCUGUACGACGAGCUGAGGCUGAUGCCGGAGAGAGCCCCGAGGUGCCUCGGAGAGGAGAGGAAGAGGCUGGUGAGGAGCUUCGACGAGAGACACGGGGAGGCUGAAGAAGUGUUACGAGGAAUGGAAGAAGAGCUCCGAACCGCUCCUGCUACCUACAGAAAUGCAAUGAGCACAAAACUGCGCCUGUACCGCAGGGACCUGGGCAAACUGCAGAGGGACAUGAAAAAUGCCAUUCCUAGUCCUGGCUCCUCCUUCCAGCCAGGAGAUCAUCAUGGCAUCUAUUCCACACAAAAUCAACAAAGUACACAUGUGCAGUCUCAGCGAGCUUUGCUGCUGCAGGGCACAGAGUCUCUGAACAAUGCCAGCCAAAGUAUCGAACGAAGUCAGCGCAUCGCAGCGGAGACGGAGCACAUUGGCACAGACAUCAUCAGUGAGCUGGGGGAGCAGAGGGAACAGCUGGACCGCACCCGUAACAGAUUGGUGAACACCGGAGAAAACCUCAGUCGAAGCCGAAAGAUCCUUCGUGCCAUGUCACGGCGGUUGAUGACCAACAAGUUGCUUUUAGCUGUCAUCAUUCUAAUGGAGCUGGCCAUCCUGGGGGCUGUGAUUUACCUGAAGUUCUUCCGAAAAUAAACGCGGCACCACCAGAGUCCAGUCCACGCUCUGGGUCUCUUGUUUCCACUGACUGUCCAGUAGCAAUAAUGCUGGUGUUUGUAUUCAACCAGCAGUAAGUGCAAAUGACGACACUGAGCUUGUUCAGUUGUGGACAUUUGAGAGGGGAUUGUGUCCAUGGGCAGUUGAAGUUUCUUUAAUCAUAGUGACAUUUUAAACCUGUUCUUGGACUGAACUGACAUUUGCACUUUUGGCACACUGCUGUUGCCAGUGGUGCCCUGCAGGAUCUCUUUACUGCUCUGCUGCCUGAGCUUUUAGUCAAAUCAGAGAACAUUCUUCUUUCACAUGUGCAGUUUCUCUGGUGACUGGACACCGUGUUUUCUGUGAGGCUUAGAAAUCCCGAGUUGGGUCAGGUUUUGCUAGAUGUAUACAAUACAGUUGUACACAGUAAAUUAUCUCUGUAAUAGUAAUCAACAGUAUGAGCUACCAGUGGUUCACUGGUACCUCAUACUAAAAAUGGUCAACCAUUGACAGUAUAUAAAAUGGUUGACGUUUCGAAUUCGAAGGUCAAAUGGAUGCAUCUGAGGUGUGAAUGUGAAGAAUUGGUUGAAAUAAUAAUAAUAAUACAAAUAGAACUGUUUUUAAAGGUGUCCUCAAAUCACAGUAUCAAGAGAAAUCACUGUGGAAUUAAGUUCCAGUAUUUGUUAUUUGACAGCCCACACAUUAAAGCUGACCUUUAACCUCAGUAUUUCCCAGUAAAACAGUCCAAAAUUUGCUGGUGGAGGCUGAACACCAUCUGUUACUCUGAAAUAAAUGAUAAUAAUAUUUAA